AUACCCUUUACGCUUCUAUAUAUUUUCGAGUGUGAGAGGGAGCUGUGUGUAUCAAUGUGAUCUAGAGCUCUUUCCUUCUUCUUGCUCAUAUAAACGCUCAUAAGAGGAUAUAUUUUUUAAAACAUGUGUCCAAUAAAAUCUAAGGACGAGUAGUAGUGGGAAGUGGAAAAGCUUGGACCUUUGAGUCUUUUAAACAGUAUUUGGAGUACCAACAGGUUUUGCUAGAUUGAGAAAAGCUGAAAGAAAGAGAUGGGUUUGCUCACUCAGAGAAUAGAAAGGAGUGAGUUAGUAGAAGGUUAUCAUAUCUACACUUGGAGAACUUUGUUUGCAUAUUCUCAUCACGGAAUCUAUGUUGGUGACAGCAAAGUUGUCCAUUAUACGCAGCAAAAUAGUGUUUCAGGAGAACCAAUUCUCUCCUCUGCUCCCUUUAAAUGCUCGUCUGCUUCGAGUGCAAAUGUAGGGUUGGGUACAGAGGUGUCUACAACCUGUAGUAUACCUGAGUGUGUAUUUCAACAAAAGAGAAGUGGGGUUGUUCUCUCUUGCUUGAAUUGUUUCCUGGGUGGUGGACAACUGUAUCGCUUUGAAUAUGGAGUGAACACAUCAUUUCUCCUUACUAGAAUCCGUGGCGGCACAUGCACCACUGCACAAUCUGAUCCUCCAGAGGACGUGAUCCAUAGAGCCCUGUACUUGCUUCAAGAGGGUUUUGGAAGCUAUCAUGCCUUCAUGAAUAAUUGUGAAGAUUUUGCCUUGUACUGUAAAACAGGUCGUGUUGACCAAGAAGCUAUUGGAAGCAGCGGUCAAAUUGCGUCUGUUGUUGGUGCUCCUUUGGCGGCUAUUGUUUCAUUGCCCCUGAAGUUAUUCAUGUCAAAUCCAGCUGGCGCAGUCUUAACUGUUGGAAUCUAUAGUCUUAACAGGUAUGCAAACGACCUUGGUGUGAGCAGUAGAGUUACUGAGGUGAAAGUGGAGGAGCUGACUUCCUUCCGUAAUCGUAAAAGCUCGAAGAAAACCAUCAAUGAGAAUCAUUCCGUUACUGGAGAGGUCACUCUUAAUCAAACAGAUACAACCACCUGCUGAAAAGCGGCAAGGAUGUGUGGAACAAUAUCAGCAGCGGGACAGACUUCUCAUUUUGCAUGUGUUGUGGUAUUUUACUGUCUUCUUUUUUGCCCCCCCACCUAGCUAGAUGAAAACUUUUUUUAUUUGCUGAAUAACGACGUUAAGAUAUAUUGGGGGUGUGACUAAGUUUGGGAUUAGUCUUUAUAAAUAGCCGGACUAGUCUUUUGUCCUUCGUUUCCUUAUCUGUGUCCAGCCGGUGAUAUGUAUAUCUAACUUUGGCUGAAUCUAACUUCUACCUUAAUUUCCGUUGUUACCA